AUGCUUCCGAUUUGGCUGCUUCUUGGGUUUGCGCUUCUUGGCGCAACUUCAGGUACAAAGAACAGAAACAAUAAAAUCGUUAUAUUUUCAAGCCGACUUCUCACAUCCCGCUGUCGUUCCCGAUUUGCAAUUGAAGAACUCCCACUUGACAAAGUCGAGCUUGACCAAAAGGUUCAGUUAUGAACUCUCCCAAUUGAUUAAUGAAUUCGUUAUUUUCAUUUUCAUUAUAAGUUUGGCUUUGAAGUUUAGAAUAGCUCCUGUAAAUUUUAUGGUGACGGAGGCCAAGAACUUGUGAUGAAUAUUCAUAGAGUGUUUCUUUAAAAAAAAAUUCGUUAAAAAAUCAACAGUUGCGUUCGGGCGUGUUUUCUGCAGCUUAUGAUAAUAAGAAUGAAUGCUGAACGUAUAAAAGCUAAUUUAUAAUUUUAAAAACAAUCAGUCCUUGAAAAAAAUUACAAAUAAAUCAACGUUUUUGAACAUUUUGAUAUUUGUUUCUCAAACUGAAGGGUUUCAACUUUAACGCGUUUUGAUAGCUUAUCCAAUUAUUCUCGGCAUCAUCUAAAACGUUCAGAAUCAAUCUGUUAGAACGACUGCCAGCUUCACUAACCGCAAUUCAUUACGAUAUUUGGAUCAAACCAUACUUCCCAGCUCCUGGCGUCACUUACGACCCGAGUAAGUUUUCUUAUCAGCCAACUCAAAUUUUUUUCAAAGCUCUUGCAUUUUUUUUUCUCAGAAAGAGCCAUUUGAAUGCAAUACUUUCCCAUGAACCAUUAGAUCAAAGGUUGAUAAUAUUCUGAGAAACAUAAUCUCAUUUAAUUGUCAUGCUAAAAAAUUUGACAUUCCACUUAUCUUAUCAACUGAAGAUAGAGCCGUCUGACCAUUCGAAACAUAGAUCAUUUUUGAAAAGUUCAUUGGUGAAUUGUUACUGCAUUCGAAUGAAAUUACAGUUCAUGGAAAGAGCUAAUGGAGGAAAUUGAGGAGAAUUUUCCAGGCCGAGACUUCACCUUUGACGCUAAAACGACAGUCCGGGUGAAGGCAACUGAAGACGCGGGGAGCAUCGUUCUCAAUGCUCGAUAUUUGAACUUUAGCAGUUAUUCUGUGGUUCGGAACGAUGGUCAGACUGUUCCCAUUCAUGGAUUCUGUAAGUAGGACUUCAUGACUUCAAAUUAAAAGUUCUAAGACUACAACGAUACGACUGAACAAAUCAUACUGAGCCCUCGAUCUGUGACCAUCCAAAAAGGAUCUGUAUACGACGUUUCUUUCGUUUAUACGGGACUCAUCAACUAUUACCAAGACGGCGGACUUUUUUAUACCAAUUAUGUGGAUCCUAGCGGCCAGAAACAGUGAGUUAAACUAAUUGUGUUUCCUGACUGUUUUUUUGCUUGCCCCCACUUGCUGAAAAAUUAUCCUAAAAACAACAAAACUGAUGGAAAACUUUUUAGUUGGAUGGUGGCAACUCAGUUUGAAUCGACAGAUGCCCGUCGAGUCUUUCCUGGUUUAGAUGAACCUUCUUACAAAGCGGCAAGUUUAUUUUGAAAAGUGACGUUUUCUGCGAGUUUUUUUUGAGUUUCUUUGGCUCACGAAAGCUUGGAAGAUUUUGAAAAAGCUCUUCUUUCAGACAUUCAGUAUCACUGUUGCUUAUCCAACUUCACUUGUCGUCCUGAGCAACAUGUACGAAGAUGAUCCGACAACCCUGGAGUUAGCAGAAGCACCAUAUCUUUUAAAAUUUAUUUUUCAGCAACGGCUACUCUCAAGUCGCCUUCCCGAACACUCCAAGAAUGGCAACCUACCUUGUGGCUUUCGCUAUCGGGCCUUUUGUGUCUUUUGAAUACAUGAAUGAAGACCACACUUUGGUAUUUUCUCGAAGGGUAUCGAUCUUCAUUUCGAUUUUAGGUCCGCUCUUGGGGCUGGCCAGGUACUGAGCAAUAUUUGAGCUUUGCCGCAAUGAACGCUGGUUUUUGUCUGUAUCAAAUGGGACAGUACACUGGAAUGCAGUAUCCUUUAGAAAAAUCUGGUAUGCUUUUAUCUAUUUUUCUGUCUUACGCUGUGAACUUUUUUAAAAUGUCGCUUUGAUUCACCCACAUUUAUUAGAAUUGACUCUAGUUAUGAAUUUUUUUGAAGUGUUCAGUUUUCAAAAAAAUUUUCUUCAUCUCUAUUCAAUUUUUAGGGCUUGAUGAAGUACCGGAAAAUAGUAAAUUCUGCUGGCAAAGCUUCUUUAAUUUUUUUAUAUUUUGAUAGUUUCUUCGAAGUUAAUUGGGAAUCUAGACAUUUUGAGCUUUAGUAUGACAGCUACAGUAUGACACUUUCUGUCAGAAUUCUCUCACGAUUUCCCCGUUUUUUUCGCCAAAUAUUGCUCCUCUUGGCGACAUCAAGAAAUUCUCAGUUGUUGAUAAAAGUUUUCUUGAGUCAAAACUGAAAUUUCAAUUUAUCAGAUCAACUCGGACUUCCGGAGUUUCCAGCAGGAGCCAUGGAGAACUGGGGUCUUGUCAUUUACAAGUAUCAAUACAUCGCCUACAACCCAACAGUUUGUGAACUUAAUUUUUUUUGUUCGACUAAUAUGAACCGUUUUAGACUAUGACAACCGCUGACAUGGAAAACGCAGUGAAAGUCAUUUGUCACGAGUUGGCCCAUCAGGUUUUGAUUUUUGAAAUGUACCAAAAUUUUCACAAAUUUCCAGAGAAAAUUCUUUUUUUUUUCUGCUCUAGUUUUUUGAAAAAAAUUUUUACAGUGGUUCGGAGACUUGGUGACGCUGGCGUGGUGGGACGAUUUGUUCUUGAACGAAGGCUUUGCUGAUUAUUUCAUGCGGUACAUUCAAGGCAAAGUCUACCCCAAUCAAGCUGUUUAUUUGGUUUGUGUUGAUGGAUUCCUUCAAGAAACUAGUAAUUCGUCUCAAACAUUCAUUUUACGACAGUUUCGAUUUCACAAGUUUCAUUUAGGAUACCCUCCAUGUGCGAGAAGAGCUAGAGUACGCCUUACAAGCCGAUAUUGCGCCAUCUGCCCAUCCUCUGGUCGCUCCUGAUGGACCUCAUUUCGAUUGUUUUUUUCAUAUUCAUCCUGAAAAUUAGUUUUGUUUACAGUAAUUACUUAUCGCAAAGGAUCAUCGAUGCUUCGAAUGUUGUCCGACGUCUUGGGAGAAGACGUUUUCCAAGCUGGCUUGAAGUCUUACCUCUACAUUUAUCAGUACUCCAAUGCGAAUCAUGAAUAUUUGUUUGAUGCAUUAACAGAGGUGAGCCGCGGUUUUUGGCUGAGCCUGAAAAUGUGCGAAAAAAAAAGUCGAGCUUUGCAUUUGAAAAAAUAUAAAAAUUUAAAACCUUUUUUCAUUAAAUGAAAGUCACCUAUGAACUUUUCCUGUUCUAUAGAUUUUAUGUUUUCAAGCUUUUGCCUUUUUUAAAAACUUUUAAGACUUAAUUUCUCGGAAAAUAAGGUCUAUGGAAACCAGAUUAAAAUAUUAUUAUUUCCUUCACCUGUCAAAAUAUGUUCCAAAAAAAUAAUUCAGUUUUUUUCUCGUUAAAAAAAUUAAAAUUUUGAAGGCCGCACAAGAAGCAAGAGUCACAGACUGGUGUGGAAGACCGUUUAAUGUAUCUGUAUUCAUGGAGCCCUACGUCCACCAGACCAACUUCCCACUCAUAAACUUUGUCAACAACGACUUCAACCACUACGCAACUUUUUCUCAAGAUCCUUUUCAAAGUAAGUCUUUUCCGGGAACAUCGAAAUUCAAGAAAGUUUUUGCUCGCAGAUUCGUCAAGUUUGCCACAGACCGACUGGAAUUAUUAUUGGCCGAUUCCUCUAAGAACAGUGAGAUACGACAACUAUUCCUAUGUGCAGCAAUGGAUCGUUCCCAGUAAGAAAACGAUUUUUUCGGAUGGUCAUUGGAAAUUCCAGGUAACCAAGCUUGCACAGGAGUAGGAGAAAAGAAAGCGUUGCAUUGGGAAGUUGCGGAUAUCACUACGGCUGCUUACGGAAGGUGGAGCGCAUGCUUGAAAAACAUUUGAAUAGUGACCGAAUUUGAAUCUUCGACUUAAGAAUGAUUCUUUUUAGAUUUUGCGAGAAGAAUACUCAAAAAUUAAAUUUUAGAGUGAAAUACGACGACGUCGGGUUCGAUCGCCUCAUUCAGAAGCUUCAGACGCAAAGCAUACCUCCUCAAGUGAUGGUAACGCUUCUCGGGGACGAAAUCGCCUAUAUCGCGUAGGAUUUUGAAAGAUUGAAAAAUACUCAGAUCAUUCUUUAAAAAAUGAGUCUUGCCUAUUUUUACGAUUUCAUAUGGUUUUUUUUCGAAUUAGAGGUUUUUAUCUCGAAAGUUUGGAAAAUUCGUUGGCUUUGACUUUUAGUCUUCAUCUGCUUUCACAAGAAGAAUGCUGGCAAAUUAAAGAAAUGAAACAUUUUCAUCCCCAAAACGCAGAGAAUUUCCUUACAAUGCACAAACUGAAGUAGUAGAUAGAAAUACAAGUUUGACUGAAUUUAGGCGCCAACAAGCGACGAACGCUCCGUUUUCCUACGACCGCUUCUUAACUUUGGCCGUGUCAGUGUUCAACAUCCAAAGCUUCAUCCACCAGCCAAGCUUCUCAGCUGGAGACGUGGCGUAUUCAACCUUGGAAGCAAUCUCUACACAAUUGAGAGAUCAUAUGGAUUAUCCACUCAUCAAGGUUUUCUGCAACUACAUUUCCAUAAAAAUUAUAUUUCAGAGAUUGCAUGAGAAAAUUUUCUCGAACUCGUAUCAACAUAUCCCAUGGAUCAAUACGGACGAUUGGGACAAAGAGUGAGUAAUUUUCUAUUGACGUCAGUGGAAAAAAAUGCUUCCAGUACGUUCCAAGCAAGUUUUCUACCAUUGGCGGUGAGGCUCAAUAUUGGCGACUCUGCAAAUCGUACGCUUCAAAUGUUCGCCAAAAUCAAGACGGCAUGCGCUCAGAGUUCGAAUGGCACUGCCUGGUGCAAUCCGUGAGUUCGGACCAACUUUCCCAAUCGAAAAAUUGUUUUUCAGAAUCCCAACCAACUUCAGGAGGGCCGUUUAUUGUGGAGCAGUCAAAAACUCCGUGCAAAUGGCUAAUGAUAACUUUGCUCAAGUUCUGCAGUACUACAACGCUGAAGUCGUCACUAACCCCUACUUCUAUCAAGAGUAUUUGGCUUUGCUUGAAGGCUUGACUUGUACAGAGGCUUCUUCUACGUUGAAAGUGUAAGAUUUUUAUCCAGUUUUUAGCUCUUUCUAGUGUAAAAAUGAAUCUUUCAUAGGCUUUUAAAAUCUUCGAUUAUCCAGAAAAAGUUUUUAGCGAUCCUGAACAAUCUUUUUAAUAGGUUUUUUUUUCAAAAAAACGUUCCAAUUCUGAUUUCAGAACAAUUCGAUUGUUUUUGAAAUCUCCCCUGAACCCGAACGUCAUCUUCAGUUGGUUCAAAACCAAUCCUUACGCUUCGGAUGCUCUUGCUUCUUAUCUCAAUGACCGACCUUCAGAAGUUUUCUUUUUAUUCAUAAUGAAAUAUAGUUCCAAAUUUUUUGAGGUUUUGAAUUUCACUGGAUUGGAUGCGUACCUCGACGCGAUGACCUACAAUUGGAGAUCAGAGAAACGAUUCUUACAGGUUUUUUUCUAACUGCAAAGAAAAAUUGUUCUGCUUUUUCAGCUAAAUCGAAUUUUGAACACGCUUCAACUGAACACAGCGCAACAACGAGUUUUCAAUAAAUACCUUCUGAGAACACAACAACAAGUUAUAUUUUUGAUAGUUUGAAAUGAUCAUCUUUAUAUUGUAGGUGACAUAUAACACCCGCUAUUUACCCAGACUUCUGAACUGGCUUUAUGAUAAUUUGGUGGUACGUGGCGAAACUCCGUGGACGCAACGGUUGGUUCCCUAUUUAAAUAUUUUUCGAGCACUAUAAUUCGAAAAAUAGUGGGUUUUCCUUCUUUGGAACGAUAUAUCAUGGUAUAGCUCAUUAGUGACUUUCACAGCAACUCUGAAGUUUGAAAAGCGGUUUAAUUUGAAUUUAAGAGUGAAUUAACCAUUAUUUUUGAGAUAACAUCCCAUUUUUUUUGUCUCAGAGUUUCCGACGCCCUUGUUCCAACUUCCUAUCAACUCACCUUGCAACCAUUUAUUCCUGGAAGCGGCUCCUACGAUUUUUGGUCUAACAUGACUUUUACCGCGUUUUUGACAGUUAGUUCACGGCUACAAACUCACAUCGAAAAAUAACUCAGAUGGAAUUCGACCUGAUAGUUCCGGUUCAAGAAAUACAACUCACAGCACAUCGCUUGCUUAUCGACGUCUCUACGAUUUAUUUGACGGAUGGAACGAAUAAUACGAUUCUCCUGGAUACUGGGAUCCGCAAAGACUACGACAACGCGUUUCUCUACAUUCCGUCUCCAACUACGCUUCAAGAAGGACAUUACACGUUGACGAUGUCUUAUCAAGGAUUAAUUUUCAAUAAGCCAAGCGAUGGAGUUGAUUCCAACUGGAACUUCUACGAGUUUGACGGAAAACAGGGGUUCGUUUGAAAAAUGCCUGGGAAUGCGAAGUUUUGUGCUCCUUAAAGAUGCAAAUUUCAUUUUGUUUUUGGCGUUUUUGGCGUUUUUCAAUAGCAAGAACUUGAUAAGAAGAGUAAUGUGAAGAAAACUAGGAUUUGCGGAACAGUAGCUGAAUAACCUUUUCGAUUCAGAAAAUCACAUUUUUGCCCUUUUUCAUCCAAAUCUAAUUGCAAAAUUUUUUAUAACUUCAUGAAACUUGUUCUCAAUUGCAUGCGAUAGUCUGCAGAAGCACUAAUGCGACUUUUCCAUCGCUACCUCCCCAUUUCUGAAAUCAACCGAAACUAAAGACGGUUUCAGUUGGAUCUUCACGACAGAUUUCGAAGGAGGCCCCAGCGUUCGAUCUUUGUUGCCAUGUAUAGACGAGCCUUCUUACAAAGCGGAAUUCACAGUUUGUUCAUUUUUUCAAUAUUAUGUUGUUCAAUGUCAUCUUAGGUCAGUCUCAUUCACCCCGCAGAUAUGACAGCUUUGUCCAACACUCUUGACACCGGAAUGACUAUACUAGAUAAAGGAUGGGCGCAAACUACUUUCCAAACGACUCCGAAAAUGGUCCGAAUCAAAACCUUCAGCUAUAAUAUUAAUUCUUUCAGUCCUCUUAUCUCUUGGCAAUUUGUUUCGGGCACUUUUCGUCUGUUUCAAAAGUGUCAAAUACGGGCGUCCUUGUGAGAUUAUUUACAUGGACGGGGAUGGAGCGCUAUGGUGAUUUUGGAUUACAGGCAAGCUUUUCAUCCUCACCAGUUCAUUAUAAAUUGAUUUAGGUCAUGGCUGGAACUGUUGAUUUCAUGGCUACUUAUUUCAAUUAUCCGUUCCCUCUUCCAAAACUAGGUCUCUACUAA